UGACAUAAGACUUAACCAACACAGAACAAGGCUAAAAUCUGUCCAGCACACUCGGUAUGACAGAACAGCGGAGAUAGCGUUUGCGAAGUACAUGAUAAAGUAGUCUGUUUACCAGCUGACAUAGUUAAUGGCUAACUAUGAAAUACAAGCUAACGAUACAGCAGUAGUUUAUUGAAGGUAGGGUCAGCAACGUAGCUACUAGAAAUAGUUCAUGUGGCACUAGCAGUUAAGGCUAACUUUACGUUAGCAAUCUACGACUAGCUAGCUAAUGUUAGAUCUAAAUGUUCGUUUAAGUUUACAUAGUUAACGCACAAUAUAUUUGGUUGUAACGCUAGAUCACAUUCAAGUUAGAUUGAAAACAGUAGUUGGGAAGUUUAGCUAACUCGCGUCGAGAAAUCAUGGCGUCGACGCGGUUUAGUUCGACAACAUAUGCAGAGGUGCAGUUCUGACUUUGAGCUGUCAACAAGCUCGCUGACGUUAGCUAUCCUGGUUAGCCAGCUAGCUCUCUUGCUAUCAUGGCCAAAAUAGAGAACGGUCGUCAAUCAUUGGACACAAGGAGUAUCCGGACUAUCAGUAGCAGUCGCCUCGAGGAUGAGAGCUCUUUGGGAUCAGACUCCGAGAUCAACGGAUUCACCAGCGACAGACAAACUGAUAAAUAUGGAUUCAUUGGUGGGGCACAGCAGCACACGGAGGAGUCAGCCCAGGAUUUGCCCCCGGAGGUGCUCAGGCAAAGAGAGGUGAAGUGGCUCGACAUGCUCAGCCACUGGGACAAGUGGAUGAUCAAGAGAUUCAAUAAGGUAAGGCUGCGAUGCCAAAAAGGAAUUCCUCCUUCUCUCCGAGGCCGUGCGUGGCUCUUCUUGUCAGGGGGGAAGGUGAAGAAAGAGCAGAACCAAGGAAAGUUCCAGGAGCUGGAUAGCCAGCCUGGGGACCCCAAAUGGAUAGAUGUGAUUGAGAAAGACCUCCAUCGACAGUUUCCCUUCCAUGAGAUGUUUGUGUCACGGGGAGGACAUGGGCAGCAGGACCUGUUCCGUGUUCUUAAGGCCUACACUCUGUACAGACCAGAGGAGGGAUACUGCCAGGCUCAGGCUCCCAUCGCUGCUGUGCUGCUCAUGCACAUGCCUGCAGAGGAUGCCUUCUGGGGGCUGGUCCAAAUCUGUGAGAAGUACCUUCCUGGCUACUACAGUCCUGGCCUGGAAGCCAUACAGUUAGAUGGAGAGAUCCUGUUCGCUUUGCUGCGACGCGUCUCCCCGCUAGCCUUCCGCCAUCUGGAGAAACACAAGAUCGACCCCAUCCUCUACAUGACUGAAUGGUUUAUGUGUGCCUUCUCCAGGACGUUGCCCUGGGCCUCUGUGCUGCGUGUCUGGGACAUGUUCCUCUGUGACGGGGUGAAGAUAAUCUUGCGUGUGGGUUUGGUGCUGCUGAAGUGCAUGCUGGGGAGCCGGGAGAAGCUGAAGGCCUGCCAGGGGCAGUAUGAAACCAUGGAGCUUCUCAGGGCCAUAGAGCCUCGAUACAUGCAGGAGGGCUUCCUCGUCCGAGAGAUUCUGGAGGUGCCGGUUACAGCGCGAGACGUGGAAAGGGAGAAUCACACCCAGCUGAAGCGCUGGAAGAAGAACCGCGGAGAGCUGAAUUUCAAAUCCCCUCCGAGGAUGCACGGCGCUCGGAUCAUCAUGCUGGCCGAGCCGCCAAGACGCCAGGACCUCAAGCAGAACCCCACCAUUGUACUUGAUGUGCCGCAGCCCGCCCCGCAGCUGAAGGAGGAGAAGAAAAGCAAGAAGAAGAAGAGCAUAAAGAAGUCCCAGCCCGUUGCGGAGAUCCCUAAUCCUUACUCCCUUCCCAGCGACCCCCCACCUCCUCCACACUCGGAUCCACCAGCUCCACCUGCAGUCAGCAGCGAGACGCCACAGACUGAAACAGCCCCACUUCACCAGCAAGCACCUCCUACACACCUUCCCCCUGCCAAAGAAUCUGCUCUGCAGCAAUCCACACAAAGCCUUAGCAGCACAGAUCAGGAUACAUACCUGUAGGUGUGUGUGCGUGCGUACGUGCGUGUGUGUGUCUGUUUGUAGCACCAGCACCCUUAGGCCAAUGACCAGCCAGCCUUGCAAAGGUCUAUUAUUCCAUUGUUCAACUGAUUAGUGUUAAUUUGAUUAAUUUUAGACACCGUUUGCCUAUAUUAUUGGUAUACACUAGUGCACCAUUGCUAGGUGUAAACUUGCUUUGAUGCUUGUGCCAUUUCUCCACGUGAAGCUGAUGUUACCUCCUGUUGAUGCUUGAUGCUCUUAUUCAGAACAUAAGUCUUAGUAUUCUGUUUGCCAGGGAGACAUGUUACUGAGUUAUUGGGAGCGAAGCCAUUUCUUCAGAGCAUUGUGGUUCCAAGGUUUGAAUGGGACUAAGAGAACAAUGAGGUGCAACAGCGUAUUCAGUUUUUCUGUACAUUUCCACUCGUAUUCAACACUAUUCAGUUCUUGGGUAAUAAUGUGCAGCAGUGGAUGUAAAAGUCCAAACUCCAAGCUUUUUGAACUUAAGCCAUUAUAGUUCAUGGGGGGUUUUGUUCACUAGAGGGCAGCCUGGCAGAGGUUUAUGCUAUGACACUCCCUGUUAGAAAUGCAGAUCACAGCAUGGACGGGAUUCCUUCAAUUUUGGGAGGUAUUAGUCUGAGCUUACGUUUUUUUGUCCUUCCAGUAAAGAUACUUGUGCAUAGCAUGUUUUAUAUUGUUAAAUUUUAAUAGAAAAUCUUCUUUCCUGAGAUUGAGUCCCACCACACAGUUCAUCCAAGUCUUUUCCUACAAGUUCUAUUUAUUUAAAGACCAGUUUAAACAUGAAAUGUGUUGUACGUGCAUGCUCUGCUAGUGUACAAAAGCUCUUUUUUUCUGAGUCUAUUGAAUUGAAUAUUCACUGUGCCAGGCACUUCCAGACACUUUAGUGCAGCAGUAAUUCAUGUUGUUCGGGCAGAGAGGAGAACACUGGACAUUCCUAACUGUAUGACACAUUCCUGCCUUGUUAAAAGCGUAUUGCUCUAAAAGCUGUCUCAUACCAAUUGCAAAUCUGUAUAAUGUAUGUAUUUGUGCAUGUGUUUGCUGGAACAUCUUGGACAGUGAGUGAGUGCAAAUCACCUAACGGUGCUGACCUUUCUCCUUGGCUUUGCUCAAAUAUCCAACUGGAGCCAAGAAAUAUUUUUGCUAGAAUUUCCAAAGCAGAUCCAGACUGUUGCUGUUGCUUUAUGAGAUGACCUCCGACCGCUACCUGUGACCAGGCGUAUUCUGUUAGUACAGUCAAGAGGGAUUAAGUGAUUUCAAGAUUUCUUUGGGAUAUUUCUUUUUGCAUUUCUCUGUUGAAAAUCUGGCUCAUUUCGUUGGGAGAUAUGUAGACAUGCAGCAGUUGCAAGCCUUUUUUUCUUUAAAACAUAUUGGACAAUCUUUUUUUUUUUUUUUACAGUCAAAUCUAUUUUUUAACUUUCAUCACGAUAAAAUGAUAAAUGAUAAAAGGUAAAGGGAGUUUUGACAAGCAUAAGCACACGUGUAAGAUGUGUUUGUGUAUAUUAGUAAUAUAAAAAAGUCUGCUAAAAGAUGCAUCUGUUGAGUCAGUUAUGAAAAGCAAUGAUGUUUAAAAGAAUAACACAUUUUUAAGCAGCCACUUACCAGUAUGCAAUAGUCUUUUAGUAGCUUAUAUUAAACACCUCACAUUUCGCUGAUGUUAUAUUUUAAUUUAAUGCUCAUUGUGUAGAUACAACAUGUAAAAUAACAGUUUGUUUUGUAUUGAAAUCUAUUUUCAAUGUAUGCUAUAUUUUAUUGAGCAGUUACAGAAACUGCAGAGGAGACAUCAUUGAAAGUAUCGGACAGUAUACCUUAAAUCAACAUUCGUAACACUAGAAACAUCUGAAAUUUGAUAACUUUUGGAAGUGAAAAUGUUUUUUUGUACUCUUAAGACGGACUGGUAUUAUUUUACCAUUCACAUUAGGGUUGUAAAAGAGAUGUUUAAGAACCAAGGGGAAGUAUGCAUCAUCAUGAGUUUCCAUUUUGCAAAUAAAUUUGUGUUUAAAGCCAACUUAAAA